AUGGAAAUUCCACAUAUCCCGGGAUUAGAUUUUGACCCAUCUAGCAUCCUACUUCUGACUCAUUACUUGAAGCAGAGGAUUCUGGACCACUUCCAUUCCGGAAAUCCCAAUUAUUCGAUGAAUCAUCACCUGAUCCCGGAUAUCGAGCUCUACAAGUGGGAUCCCGAGGAACUGCCUCGCCAGUACGAUAGGUUAGCGGAGGCGAGGUCUAAUGGAAGGCAAUGGUUCUUCUUUUGUCUUCGAAAAGAGAACUAUCGUAACAACAGUCGGUCUGAGAGGACUAUUCCAAAUGUUGGUUAUUGGAAGAUUACUAGUUCAGACAAGAAAGUGAAGAGCGAAGAUACUGGCAAAGAGAUAGGCAAGAAGAAGACAUUGACUUUCUACCGAGGGCGGAGUUCCAGUGGGAUCGUGACCAAUUGGGGAAUGCAUGAAUACCACCUAAAUCCAUCGUAUCUCGACUACAACAUCGAAGAGAUGCCCUUUGUUGUCUGCCAUGUGUUCAAGAGAAGUGGCAGAAGGAGUGACGGUACUGCCUAG